AACUCUGAUCUUAUUUCCGUUUGAUGAGAUCUUUUAUUAAAUUCACGUGUCGUCUAGAAAUUUCUCCUUAAAUUCAUAGGGAAGUUUCUUCAUGGGAGACGCAUUCAGAUAGAUAUUUUAUAGUGUAAAAAGGAUUUAUUUUAUUUGUUUUUGCACUUGGUCCACUUUCUCUGUAUUACCUCUAUUAUAAUUCCAUUUACAAACUAGUGACUUUUAAAAAAAAUGUCUGUGGUCGGCAUAGAUUUCGGUAGCCAGUCCUGUUAUAUAUCGGUUGCCCGGGCUGGUGGCAUAGAGACCAUAUCCAACGAAUACAGUGAUAGAUGCACACCGAGUUAUGUUUCAUUCAACGAAAAGUCUCGAUGCAUGGGCAAUUCAUCCAAAAACCAGUCUGUAAGUAAUUUCCGUAAUACUCUGUUUAAUUUCCGAUGUUUACUUGGUCGUAAAUUCAAUGAUCCUCAAGCUCAGGAAGAGAUAAAACAUUUACCAUAUACUGUUCGGUCGGAUAAUAAAGGUAAUGUUCUUAUUGAGGUUAAUUACAUGAAUGAUGUUUAUCCAUUUACACCAGAACAAAUAUCUGCUAUGUUAUUAACAAAACUAAAGAAAACCGCUGAAGUAGCGUUAAGCGCUAAAGUUGUUGACUGUGUUGUAUCUGUACCUUGUUAUUUCACUGAUUCUGAGAGGCGUGCCCUACUUGAUGCGACCGGCAUGUGCGGCCUCAAUUGUUUGCGACUUCUUAACGAUACUACUGCAGCAUCUCUUGCGUAUGGUAUUUACAAACAAGACCUACCCGAUGAAAAGCAAAAAUCAAGAAAUGUUAUAUUCGUCAACAUGGGUUACUCUUCGCUUCAAGUAUGUGUGACUGCUUUUAACAAAGGUAAACUUAAAGUACUUGCCGUGGCUUUUGACUCUCAUCUUGGUGGUCGCGAUUUUGAUCAAGUUCUUGUUGAAUACUUCAUAGAAGAUUUCAAACAACGUUACAAACUGGAUGUUCGCAGCAAAGUUAAACCUCUCAUUCGUCUUAAGUCUGAAUGUGAGAAAAUGAAAAAGAUAAUGAGUGCCACUACGCAACCCGUACAGCUAAAUAUUGAAUGCUUUAUGGAAGAUAAGGAUGUUUCUGGAAAACUAGAACGGGAAGUAUUUGAAGACAUGUGCCAACCUUUGUUUAAAAGAGCGGAAGAUACAAUGCGUUCUAUUCUACCCCUGUCAAAAUUACAUUUAGAUGAUAUUCAUUCUGUGGAAAUUGUUGGCGGUGUUACGAGAAUCCCUGCUAUAAAAUGUCUUAUCAAAAAGAUGUUUGGAGUUGAACCAAGCACCACAUUGAAUGCUGAUGAAGUGAUUGCUCGUGGUUGUGCGUUACAAUGUGCUAUACUAUCGCCAACAUUCAGAGUUAGAGAUUUUUCUAUUGUUGAUUGUCAACCAUAUGCUGUUUCAAUGAAAUGGUUAGGAGGUGGUACUAGCGAAGAUAACGUUCUUGAAGUUUUCCCAAAAUUUCAUGUUUUUCCUUUUACUAAAAUGAUGACAUUUUAUCGGAAAGAAUCCUUCCAACUUGAAGCUUUCUAUUCCCAGCAAGAAACUGUUUCUACUUGUCAACCCACUAUUGGCUCUUUCAAAGUCCAGAAUGUUACACCUCAAGCCACUGGAGAAAGUUCUAAAAUAAAAGUUCAUGUAAAAAUUAAUAUUCAUGGAAUAUUCAGUGUUCCUUCUGCUUCAAUGGUAGAAAAGUUGGAUAGUGCAGAUUCUAGUGGAGAACCAAUGGAUUUAGAUGAGAAAAAGGAAGAGGAAGACGACAUGGAAACUCAAACUAAUACUAGUAAAAAUCCGGAACAAACAGACUCUUCUGAAACAUCAAUGCAAACUGAUGAUGGGGGAAAGCAGUCAGGCGACAAGAAAGAGCAAACCAAUAAGAAAGUAAAGAAAGUGAAAAUGAUUGAUUUACCUGUCGAAAGUAUUGUUCCACAACUUAAUAAAACCCAGCUUCAUGCUUGUGUUGAAAAAGAAAACCAAAUGAUAAUGCAAGACAAGCUUGAGAAAGAUCGUGUAGAUGCUAAAAAUGCCGUUGAAGAGUAUGUUUAUGAGAUGCGUGAUCGUUUAUAUGGUCCACUUGAGCAGUUUGUUGAAGAAAGUCACCGAAGCGAGUUCAGUAAAAUGUUGGAUGAUGUAGAAAAUUGGCUUUAUGAUGAAGGAGAAGAUCAGUUAAAACAAGUGUACAUAGACAAACUUGCACAUCUUCAGAAAUACAGUAAUCCUAUUUGUAAACGAUAUCAGGAAGCAGUAGACAGGCCAGCUGCCUUCCAAUCACUGGGUAGUGUGUUACAACAGAUACGUAAGUUUUUAGAUUUGUAUGCCAAGAAGGAUGAACAAUAUAGUCAUAUUAGUGAUCAGGAUGUGAAUACAGUGAGUAAGGCUUUGAAAGAGAAGAGCGAGUGGUUUGAAAAAAGUCAAAAUCAGCAGAACCAAAGAAGUCCUUUUGAAGACCCUGUUGUUACUUGCUCUGAGAUCAAUUCUCAACAACAAAGCUUGGAGUCAACAUGUAUGCCAAUUAUAAAUAAACCAAAACCGGAACCAAAGAAAGAACCACCACCUCCUGAAAGUCAAGAAAAGAAUUCUGUUCCAAAUGAACCAACAACACAGCAACAGAGCCAAACUGACCCAUCUUCUCAGCCCAAACCUGAAGAAUCAGAUCCAACUAUGGAAGUUGAUUAAUUUUACAUUUUCUUCCAAAUCAAAGUUGCUGUUAGUUAUGUAAGUUUGUGUUGUUGUUUAUUUCACAUCUUUUUUGUUCUUAUUAUUCAGCUAGAUCAGCAUAUAUUUUCAGAAUAUUUUACUUUUGAAACCAAGAAAUAUUUCAGUGUGGAAAAAAACCACUCUGCAUUAUUUGAAUUUUCAGUAAGAUUUUAAUCUUGUGAAAAUGACUGAAAAUAUAUUAGAACAUUAUUUUUAAAAAACUGUCUAGAACAAGGGAAAAAAAAUGAAAUGCUUCUAAAAUGCUAAGGAACAUUGCACAUGUAACAAAAGUUUCCUUUAGGAAAAUAUUUGAUGGAAAUGUACUGUUUUUUUCUAAUUUUUUCAGUUUUUUUUUUUCCAUGCUAGCAUGGAUUGGAUAAUUCCACAAUUUGAAUUAUUUGUAAAAAUUUAUAAAUAUCUGUAAGACUUUUUUUUUUAAUUAUACAUUGAUAAAAAUAUAAAUAACCUCAAAAAUAAA